UGUCUUUAUUCUUUAUUCUUCUCCUUUUAUUCAGCAUUAAAACUCUAUCCUUAAAGCCGAAAAAAAACUAGGUAAUAAUAGAGUACAUUACGAUCAAAUACUACUAAGAUGAAGUUGCUAUCCAUACUCGCCGCCUGUGCGUUGAUUUCUACUGGUAUUGAAGCCAAAACAUUCCUUUUCCCGGAGCCUCAAGAAGUUGCUUGGUCAGGCACUGCCGCCCCUCUUUCUAACCAUUUCAAAAUCACUGGCAUCGACAAUAAACAUGUUCAAAAAGCUGCUGAUCGCUACCUCUCCUUAAUUAAAAAAGAAAAAUGGGUUCCUGUCCAAGUUCCUACUGACAAAGAAUUUGCCCCUACUGUGAACAGGCGUCAUGAGUUACAAGGCCUCAAAGUCAAGGUCAAGGACAACAAAGUGAAGCUCGAUAUGGAUGUGGAUGAAUCCUAUGAUCUCCACGUUCCUAAAAAUGGCGGUUAUGCUACUUUGUCUGCUCCUACUUGGGUGGGUGCUCUUCGUGGUCUCGAAACAUUUUCUCAAUUGGUCACUUCGGAUGAAAACAGCAAGAGCAAACAUCACAGUGGUGAUCUCAUCGUUCACGGCGCUUCCAUCUCUGAUACUCCUCGCUUCGGACAUCGUGGUAUCUUACUGGAUACCUCACGUAACUACUACCCUGUUGAGUCCAUUCUACGUGUCAUCGAUGCACAAGCUUACAACAAGAUGAACGUAUUGCAUUGGCACGCAACAGAUUCGCAAUCCUGGCCUCUUGAAUACAAGUCUCACCCCGAACUGUCCGAUAAAGGAGCUUAUUCGGCUAAAGAAGUAUAUACCCCCGAAGACGUCCAAAAGGUCAUCUCCUAUGCCGAAGAACGUGGUGUUCGUGUUGUUCUCGAAAUCGAUAUGCCCGCUCAUACGGCUUCUAUUAAAGAAUCUCAUCCUGAUUACAUGCUCUGUACUGAUCAAUUCUGGGCCGCUUAUGCUGCUGAACCUCCUGCUGGUCAAUUGAAUCCUCUCAACGAAGACGCCCUUCAAUUGAUGAAAGAUCUCCUCAAAGAAGGUGCAAGUACCUUCCCUGACACUUUGAUCCACGCCGGUGGUGACGAAAUUAACACAGCCUGCUGGAACCUUAGUAAAGAAGUUCAAGAUUACGUUGCUAAACACAACAUGUCCGACACAAAGGAGGUUUGGUUCGAAUGGACAAACAAAAUUCUAGACUAUAUUCAGAAAGAUAUUCCAGAGAAGCGACCUAUUAUUUGGGAAGACCCUAUCAAGGAUGGUGGUAGCUAUCCCAAGCAUACUGUCGUUCAAACUUGGUUGGCCCCUCCUGCUAACUACACCUCCAUCGGUCACGAUGUCAUUGUCUCUAACUUUGAUUACUUCUAUUUGGAUUGCGGUCAUGGUGGUUGGGUCGGUGACGAUAACCGUUAUGUCAGCCCUGCUCAAGUCGAAACCCCUGAUGACACUUUCAACUACGGUGGUAACGGUGGUUCAUGGUGCGCUCCUUUCAAGACAUGGCAAAGAAUUUAUACAUACGAUAUGACUUAUGGCGUUGAAAAGAGUCAUAAAGGUAAGAUUCUUGGUGGUGAAGUGGCCAUGUGGUCUGAACAAACCGGCCCCACUGUCUUGGAAGGUCGUCUCUGGCCCAGAUCUGCUGCCGCUGCUGAAAUUUACUGGUCAGGUUCAUACGAUAAGAAGGGCAAUCGCCGUACUAUAAAGCAAGUAUCUGAACGUUUCUAUGACUGGGUUUACCACUUACAAGCUCGUGGCAUUGACGCUGAACCUGUUCAGCCAAGAUAUUGUGCCACGCAUCCUAAUGCCUGUGACCUUAAUGAUCCCAACGCCUAAUUGACAACGAAUUAACUUAACAUGAAAGAAUAUUUAAUAACAGUAUUUAUC